CAUGCUCGUCCACGAAAUCCCAGGGCUCCUGUCCACCAUGUGGCAGACGCUGGGCCAGGUCAACAGUCAUCGCUCGGUCUCCACGGCAACAGGCAGGAGCGUCAGUUACGCCGCGUACCUGCAUCAGCACCACACGGCGGCCAAUCAGGACGCAGACUUCAGCCCGCAGGUGUUGGUGCAGCGGCUGCAGGACGAGCUGAGUGCCGACACGUCCGAGUCCUGGGAGGAUGGGGGGGCGCCAGACCACACCGGGCAGGGGGCGCCGGGCCACACCGGGCAGGGGGCACCGGGCCACACCGGGCAGGGGGCACCGGGCCACACCGGGCAGGAGGCGCUGGGCCACACCGGGCAGGAGGCGCCACUCUGCAGCCAGACAGACAUGGAGGAGCUGAGGAGGAGCUGCUCCGAGAGCCAGUGCACCGCCAACGCACACGGACUCGCCAACCGACAGGUGGAGGUGUACCCGGGUUCUGGGGUUCUGUGUGAUUUCCGCUCCUGGCAGGCAGCCAAUCAGGCGCCGUCUCCCACGGCGAUGGCUCGGCUGCUGCUGCUGGGUGUGUUUGAUAUGCACACCCUGAUGAACAGCAACCUGCGAGGGGGGCGGAGCCGGCGGCCCGCCUUCCACCCGCAACGCAACGCUCUGGACCCACACAAGAUCAACACCAUCUUCAACGCCAUCUUGGCUCGGUUUCCUCUCGCUAAGAGAGGUGUCAUCGGCUCCGGCAUCAACUCCAAACUGUCUGAGAUCCGCUUCCACUCCCGCAGAGCCAAUCGGGACGCCCCGUUCCUCUGACGCUCCGCCCCCCCCUGUCAGCUGGACCAAUCGGAGGGUUUCAUCUAAACUCUGCUCAGUUUCAGUUUCACACAGAGACUCGAAACACAAAGACACAUUUAAAGUCCAGCUGUAGACGGACUCAUUCAGACUGCAGUUAGCUGUGACUUGUAUUUUUAUUGUAUUUAUUGUCAUGAUCUGUUUGUCUUCUGUGUGUCAUUCUCUGUUUAGUUUUUAACUAUGAAGCUCGCUGAGCUGCGUUUAAUGUCUGCAAGGUGCUUUACUAAUAAAGUUAUUAUCAUUAAAUCAACACAAA